AUGGUGCUCAUGAAACACUGGAAACAGUUGUACAAGUUGAAGAUGGUCCAACUUGAGGAAGCCAGGCGUAUAGAAAUGCUGGGUAAGAAGGCCCUGGAGACAUCCAAUGAGGCCUUGCGUCUCGCCAGGGAGACCAUGCAGAUGCCUCAGGACAUCAAGAGGGACAUAGAGGACUUGAAAAAGAGAGCUGAGGAUGCCAGCAAGCUGUAUGACCGUACCAAGUUCUUUGCCAACAAGGCCCUGAACAUGUCCACGGAGGCGUACAAUGAGGCCCUGGACCUGUACAGCCAGGCUGUGUCCCUGCAGGUGCCCUCUGUGAACACACAGCAGCUGGUACUGGAGGCUGACAUCAUCAAGAAGGAGGCUGCCCGUAUCAAGAAAGCUGCUUCCGUCUAA